CGAGAAAACCAUAUUUACACAUAUUUAUCUAGAUUAUCAUAAUAAGAUUCUUAAUUCUUUACUCUGUGGUAAAUUAAAUGUGCAUUUUUUAUUGAGUUUUUGAUUUAUAUAUCUUCUGAAUAUGAUUACCUGUCGAGUAUUUAACAAUAUAAGGCCUUAUGGAGGUAUAGUGAGCCGGGUAAACUUUUCUUCUUCAUUUAAAGACACCACCGAGCCAUCUGAUAAAGAUUUAAAAGACCAACUCGAUAUGAAAGAGGCCAAAGAAAAAUAUUGGGAAUAUCAUCAAAAAGGUUUUGGGAAGGUUUAUUCAAUCAAACCAAUAAAAGUCAAAUGCAAUGCUGGAAAAAUUUAUCUAUGGUGUUCUUGUGGAUACUCCAAAAAUCAGCCCUUUUGUGACGGAACUCAUAGAGUACAACAUCAUCAAAUAAAAAUGAAACCUAUUCCUUUCGAGUGCAAAGAAACAAAGGAUUAUUGGUUUUGUAACUGUAAACAAACAAAGCACCGGCCGUUUUGUGAUGGAACUCAUCGUGAAUUAAAAGUUGAGGAGGUUCAUCCAACCAUUAGACAUUAAAGGAUUGUAUAUUUGUUGAUUUAGUGAACUUAUAAAAUCAGUAGACCCAAUAAUAACGAGGAAAAUUUUUGUUCAUUGUGAUAAUCAAAAUAUGAUUCAUUCAUAUUUGUACGAUUUUUGCUAAUAGCUCAUCUUGCUUUUUGCUAAAUUUCUUAUAGACUUCAAUUUUAAUUGAAGAAAAUAUCAACUAACAAUGUGCUAUAAUAAUAAAUAUUUAACAUUGGAGA